AUGGAGUUGGGUGGCGUGCAAGCAAUGGCACAGGCGCACUCGUUGGUUUCCACGGCGGUCGGCGGUGUUUCGGGUUCGCAGGUUUCAAUGCCAGCGGUGAGCGAGCUGUCCAAUGUGAGCAGCGGCUCGAUUUCCGAUCGUGAACUGCCAGAAACACCCGAGAAGCACACAAAACCGCCGAAAGCAAAUAGCUCCGAUAAAAAGCCGCCUCGUAAACGAAGAAAAAAUGACGACAGUCAGCAGCCGAAGACCGAUCGCAAGGUCACCGAAUGUUUCAAGGAUAGAAAAGAAAACCUCUGCCCAUAA